CCUUCUGCAUGUAGAGUGAGAUAGCAAGGAGGCUCGCCAGUGCUGCCAAAACCAAUGCUAUGUAAUAAAUGUUGCCUGCCCAGCCCUGAUCUAAGAACAAUUGCACAAUUGCAACACUCCGAAACCAGCUCUAGCCACGUUUGGUGCGAUCGUUCCUGUCAUCUGCUUCGUAGCUGCUCAUUCUCUGCUAAUGCAGCGCUUGGGAACUUCAGAGUAGGUAAGCUUACUCCCCCUGCAAGGCUUUGCUCAAUAUUUAAUGGGGUGGGAGGGGUGUUAAAGCUAGAGUGCUGGUGAAAUGGUUGCACCAGGGCUGGAUGAGGGGAUGCCACAGCCUUGCUGUGAUCACCUUCUGCAGGAGGCAGAAAUGCACGCUGCAAGUGAAGCACUACAAUUUUGAUGCUAAGAAUUAAGGCUAAAUAGAACAGGGGGUCCUGAUUCUCUGGGACUAAGGCUUGGAUGCUGUUUACACUUGAGGCUUGCAAGUUCCUUACUUCCCCGUGCUUUUAGGAUGGUUUUGUAGCAUCAAUGUUCAUUCUUUGCUUUUUUGCUUGGUUUUACAGAAGGCCUAUGUGAUCAAGGGAUCUGCUCUUAAAAGUGAGGAGAAACUCACUGUCUGUUGAAACAUCAAACUGUGGUGUUGAAGCAGAUUCUAGAGUUCACGUCAAAGAAAGGGGGUAGCUCUGUGUGAAGGGCCUUCGGGGGUUGUGUACAAAACUAGCAUGUGAAGUACCUGCAAGCACCUUGCACAUUCUCCAGGUAAGCUGCUGCCAGCCAACUAAUAAAAGUAGCAGUAGUGCAGCUCCUGUCAGUUUAGCUGCUUUAUCUACUAGCUUGUAGGAUGAACAUUCAGCCUAAGAAUUUUACCAAGUUUACUUAAUGUUCUUCUAUUAAAAUCAUGGAAACCUGAGCAAAAGUACAUGUGCUUUUUCUGUGUCUCAUUUACUAGAGCUGUGUACUUUAGUUCAGCUUUCUAAAGGAGUAAGCAAGUAAAUGUGUAGAAUAUUUUCUGUCGUUACCCUGAGGUGUUCCAGAUGAGAGAUCUGUAGGGUAUGGCUUUGAUUCACUGUCUGCGGAGUAUGCUGUGUGUGUUUGAAGGCUUGGACUCUUAUCUAUAGAAGUAGUCUUACAAAUAUUGGGGGGAAACGUAAGCCACAGUAAACUAGAAGAAAUAGGCUUGAAGCAAGAUUGGAUGGGAGAUCAAGGAGUUUCAGGGCUUCCAUGUAAUGGUGUAACUGAUGUCCCAGACAGGUGUUCUGGAGAUGUUGAGCUGCAGAGCAAGGGAAGACUGGUGAGGAGCUAAGUGAUUUUUGCAGUCACAUUCACAAAACUUUUUGUAACUGACUGAAGUGCUUCUGGUCCUUCCUUCUGGUAAAGCUUGUAACCGAAGGAGAAUGACUUGCCAGUACUUGACCUAAUGAAAACAUCUGUUUUCAGUGGCUGAGUGCCUCACAGGUGCAUGCAUUUUCCAGUAAGUGUUCUUUGCUUUUCAUUGUUUUGGAUAGGCUGCUCCUAGAACUCGAUGCCCUUUGCGUUUUGGGUUGAGCCAUCCGUGCUGUGCAGAGGCUUCGGCAGUGCUCUGGCAGCUCAGGAGCUGGCUCGGGGGAUGUUAAAGGAACCAGCAGUGACUUUCUGCAUGGCUGCUACAAAUGCUUUGCCUUGUGUGGAGACAUAAUUGGGGCUUUGAGGGCUCUCGCUGCUGUGCAAGCUGCUUCCAAAUGGAGCUGAAAAUCUGUACAGAGCCUGUUAAAAUUCCUGUGUCACUUUGAGACGGAGCUACCUGACACAACCUCCCGCUGUGUGAAAAAACUUGCAUGGGAACAGCUCUUUGGCUUCAGAUGAAACAAUGAGGGCUUCUUGGGCAAUACUGACUAGUGUACAUCUUGACAAGGUCUCCAAGCAACAUUUCCUGUAGGGCUGAAUGACAGCAGAAGCAGCCGGGCAAAUUGAUGAGCUUGCUUUGGGAGCCUACAAGUAGGCAAAACCAGAACGCACGAUGGGUCAGAAGGUCACAGGUGGGAUAAAGACUGUGGAUAUGAGGGACCCGGUAUACAGGCCUUUGAAACAGGAGCUCCAGGGACUUGACUACAGCAAACCCACACGUCUGGACUUGCUACUGGACAUGCCUCCGGUGUCGUACGAAGUCCAGCUACUGCAUUCGUGGAACAACGACGAUCGCUCGCUGAAUGUAUUCGUGAAGGAGGAUGACAAACUGAUAUUUCACCGGCAUCCGGUGGCUCAGAGCACAGACGCUAUCAGAGGCAAAGUGGGAUACACGCGAGGACUGCACGUGUGGCAGAUCACGUGGGCGAUGCGGCAGCGAGGCACGCAUGCUGUGGUAGGGGUGGCAACAGCAGACGCCCCUCUGCACUCCGUAGGGUACACCACGCUCGUAGGAAACAACCAUGAGUCGUGGGGAUGGGACCUUGGGCGCAACAGAUUGUACCACGACGGCAAGAACCAGCCAAGUAAAACCUACCCUGCCUUCCUAGAACCAGAUGAAACUUUCAUUGUGCCGGAUUCCUUCCUGGUGGUUCUGGACAUGGACGAUGGGACGCUGAGCUUCAUUGUGGACGGGCAGUACAUGGGUGUUGCCUUUCGGGGACUCAAAGGGAAAAAGCUGUACCCCGUGGUGAGCGCAGUGUGGGGACACUGUGAAAUACGGAUGCGCUACUUGAAUGGACUCGACCCUGAACCACUGCCUCUGAUGGACUUGUGUCGGCGAGCUGUGAGGCUUGCUCUGGGCAAGGAAAGACUGAAUGAGAUCCCUACGCUGCCACUGCCAGCCUCCCUCAAGAGUUACCUGCUCUACCAAUGACCUUCAUGUUCCGGGAUUGAGAGUUGGAACCAAGGCAAAAUAUCUGGAGCUGACCCACUAGGAGAUGGGUUUGCCACCCUUGUGUCAUCGCUACUGUUGGAACUCCUUGGCCAAAGUACUUCUGUCACUGAUACAGCCUCCAUGUGCCCUUACUGGCAAGCUCUCAAGUAGUCCUUGUUUCAGAACCGAGUGGUUUUUGUUCUUUGGAAGUCACUUCCCCUGCACACUUUAAGGAAAAAAAAAAAAAAAAAAGCAACACUUAGAAGCUCUGUUCCUCCCUUUUUCUCCUGAUAAAAGGCUGUCCUGCAUCCUUUGGGUUGUAGAGCCUGGGAGUGAGCUCUCCUGUACCAGCUGAAGGGAAGAACAUAGUUUAGGGGAAGGGAAGGCACUAGGAGUGGUCAUCUUAAGACCAGGUGCUAAGAACAGAAAGGCAUGGGGUGGCCAGCAGAGUUGGGAAGAGUCUGGAAUACCAAGAGGAAUUCAUUGCUGAGUUUUGAAAACCAAAAAAACCCAAACCCUGAAACACCAAAACCAAGAACCCUUCCACCAGGACACUUAAAUUGGAGGAGGUGGUUAUGUUGCUGAUAUCUGUCUCUCUGCUAGGACUCCUUACCAUGUUUCAUAGACAGUAAACCUUGCUUUCUUGUUUACCACCAUCACACUCAGUUCUCCUGUUCCAUUCUGUCCUGCCUCCUCUUAGUGGGUGUGACUCGGUUGGUUGAACAGUCACCCCACGUCUUCGUCUGCCCUCUUCCUCUUGACUUAAAACUGUAGGUUUUAGUCUGGGACUGAAGGGUUUCUUGCUGAUGUAAGGACAGGGAAGGGACAAACUUCUGCAAUAAAGUCCCUGGUGAGACAGACUGGAUGUCCUCAGACUUGUUACUCAGCUGUAGGUCCUGCCAUCUUAGGUCUGCUUUCUGUAUAGCCUGUUCCACGGUAAGGUUUUAGAGAAACACAGUAAUUCUCUAAGGGCUCUUCCAGGGAAUUCUCUUCUUGAAUAAGCUGCUUAGUCACCCAAACCAGGCUUUGUUCUGCCAUAGACCAUCAGCAUAACCUCUGUUUAGCGAUGCAGCUGAAUAGUUCUGUCUGUUGCUUGGGGGUGGGAAGUUGUCCCAGGGAAGGUGGUGGCAGUGUAGCUGCGGAAGUGCCAUAAGCAGACCAGAAAUCCAGAAGGUGGUUGCUGCAGAAUGUAACUUGAGAGACUUCACCAGAGCCCAACGGGGUUGAUCUUCAAGCACAGCAAGAAAAUAAACCUCUCCAGAGCUGGGGGGUUGGCAGGGGAGAACUGCAAUAAACAGGACAAGCAAUUCAGGCAAAAUCAGCACAUCCCAAAUAGAUUCUUGCCUCAGUAGCCAAGUAAAGAGGAUGACACUCCUUUACUAGCAGGAGCUGCUCUCUUGACCUCUCCACAGGUUACUAUGCUGCCUUUCUGGGGUUAUUUUGCACAUUUCUUUGUCUUGAAAAAAUGUUUGUGUGGUUGGUUUUUUUUGCUCUUGAGUUAUUCCUUCAGUUCUGUGUAGGUACAAAUGAGUUUAGUUGUUGAAAAUGUUAAUAUAUAUAUUUGUGGUGUAUGUAUAAGAACAUGUUUUAAACAGCUGCUGUAGGGUACCUUUUUAAAAAUAAACUACUUACAUAGUAUAUUUUUUAAAGCACAGAAUUGGUGCCAAGACUGGGUGGGGUAUGAUGUGCCCCUUUCUUUUUUAAUCUAAUAUUGUAUGAUUUUUUUAACAUAGAGGUUUGUACUAGUUUCUGUUACAGGGUGGGACACAAAUUGCACAAAAAAUAGUGUGUAUGGAGCCCUACUUGGUUGCCUUCGACUUGAACCAGUGUCUUCCUUAACUCCAGGGAAGCCUGUGUUCUCCUCACUUCUAACGCUCUUCAUGCUCCCUUGUCUCCAUCUCUUCUCACUUCCCCAGUACAUUUUGUACAGUUUUAAAACUCUCACUUCCUAUUUUAUGGCUGUAGAUAAUACUUGGUAACCUAAUAAACUUUAUUAAAUAUU